AUGACGGAUUCAGUAACUAUUUUGAUAGAACGUUCCAAGACAGGUCUUUCUCAACCACUUUUGGAUGAGUUCAGUCUCGUAUUAGAAAGAUCAGAAUUAUCUGCCGUCAAAGAUAAAAAUGUCUUGACUUCUUUGAUCAUGUCGAAAGGUUACUUGAAAGAUGUUAAUCCCCUGAAAUUGUCGUAUAGACGCAAGUCGAAGAAGAGCAAGCGCUACGUUGCAUUAGAGACUCCCGAAGAUUUCAAAACUCUCGGGAGGAGCUUGAAAGUCAAAAGUCUUGUCAGGUUGCAGUUAAGAGAUAGCACUCACGAAACGUCUGCGCCUACGGCCACAGAUCAGCAAUUUCCUGUUGAUCUCGGCAAGAUGGCUAACGCCUUAGUUGAAGCCGCUAUUGAGCAUUUUAAGGAAAUUGUACAAGAGUUGUCUACUUCACAUGUGAAACCACUCGACAAAGCUGACUUGCCACCGUCGCUGGUUGUGCACGAGUCAGCAUCUUGCGACAAGUGUAGUCCCACUGCUUACAAGCCUAUCAGGGGAGUGCGCUUCAGGUGUUUAGUUUGUCCUGAUUUUGACUUAUGUGGCGAAUGCGAAGCUGAAUUGCAGAAGCUGAAGGAGUGUGUUGGUGGCCAUGAGCCUGAUCAUACUAUGGCCAAAAUUAUUAAACCAGAAGGAAGAUUCGAAAUACCAUCAAGUUCAAACCAGCCAUCAGUCCUUGAUAUGCAGUUAAACAACUUCGGUCCUGAAGACAAGGAUGUUAUUCAAACAUUUCUUGCGAAUGAAGAUUCAAGGGAAAUAAUGUCGAACUUUCUGCGGAUAUUGCAUAAUUCAAGGAGAUAUCAAGAGCUUCUUGGUCUCAUCUCAAGUGAUACAUCAGAAGACAGUGAGUUGCAACAUGCAAAAAUUUUAUCCUUGCUCGAAUCCGCAUUAAAAAGCAAUCAAGUGAAUGACACAUCAGGGAACGUACAAUUCAAAAAGAAGGAGCUUGCUUCAAAUUCCGGUAUUCUAUCAGUGGUACUCACCAACAGUUCGAAUGUUCCAGUCGGGGGUGGCGACCUUGAAUUCAGAUUUUCAGCAGGAGCGACAGCGAAGGAAAGCUUUUGGGUAAACAACACUUUGCCAAUUCUACCUGGGCGCAAGAAGCGGUUCAACUUGCCAUCUUUACCCUCGAAAUUUACUGAUUUGGGUGACAUUGAGCUUUCAAUUUGGGCUGGCUCCGUAAAGAUUUUGGAAUGCCCAUUUCUUUUGGACGACACACCAAACUUUGAAUUAACGCCCGAUUUGGUCGUUGAAAACAAUAACUCAUCAGACAUGGCCCUGGAAAACGAAGAAGUUCUUGCGGUUAAGAUUGUUCCUAUCUCAUCGGGAAUGGCGACAGUACAUCUUUCAAAUUUGACUUCAAGAGAUUUCGAUUGCGGCAACAUUACCUUCAAGGUGAUGAACUGCUUUGGCCAGACAAUAUGUGAUAUGUCGAUACGCAAACUGCAUGGAAUCAAGUCACAAAGAUCCGCCAAAUUCAAUAUCCCCCUCAGUAGUGGCCACAUGAAGUUUCCUUUCAAAUUACUAAUCUCUAAUGGCGCAAUCACUGCGGUUUGGGAGUUGAAUGCAAAACAAUUGUCUGGUAUCUUCAAGAUCUCUGAAGAAGGUACUGGAGACACGAAGAAUGAUGGAGAGUCAACAGAUUUUGUGGACGCUGGUAAGGAAAUUGAGGAUAUUGAAGGUCAGUCGGUUUCGGAGUCUUUAGAGAAGAGUAGGGAGAUUUCUCAAUCGAGUCAAGUGAUACUUCCUAACCUCCCUCGAGAGAGCUUGAACAAUUCAAAACUUUCAAGCUCGGAAUAUGAAGAUGCAGAGUCGUCCUUGAUUGCUGCGGAACAAGAGAGUCACACAGAUGAUAUUUCAGACUACGAUAUCAUCAGCGUUGAUGGCGAUGUAGUUGAUGAGGAUGACGAGACUUCGGACUUUGAGGUGUUAUCUACAGUGACUAGCGUGUUGUGA